GGUCACGUACGCUGGGUGAAAGUCCCUAUGUAGGCGAGUCACGUGCGUUCGGGGAGUCCGUUGAUCUCGUUUCGUUCCUGCAGUGGGACAAGCUUGUUUGUUCAUAUCGUUUUGUACACCACUUUCUAUUUAGCUGAGAAGCUUAAACUCUUAGCUUGCUCACCGGGUCACUUUUUUUUUUUUUUUUUUUUUUACUUUAAGCAUGAGUGACAACGACGACAUCGAGGUCGACAGUGACGCAGACAAGAGAGCUCAUCACAAUGCACUUGAGCGAAAGCGUAGGGACCACAUCAAGGACAGCUUUCACAGUCUUAGAGACUCUGUUCCUGCACUACAAGGAGAAAAGCCCUCUAUCAAACAGGCCUCUCGAGCUCAAAUCCUAGACAAAGCUACAGAAUACAUCCAGUACAUGAGACGGAAAAAUCACACACACCAGCAAGACAUUGACGACCUGAAGAGACAAAACGCCUUGCUGGAGCAACAAGUUCGAGCACUGGAAAAAGCAAAGGGAAACGCUCAACUGCAGGCCAACUACUCGUCUUCAGAGAGCAGCCUAUACACCAACCCAAAGGGCAGUGCAGUUUCUGCCUUCGAUGGAGGCUCCGAUUCAAGCUCCGAGUCAGAGACAGAACCUCAUCCCAGAAAGAAGUUUCGAGUAGAAGCCAGUUAAAGUGUGGACUGGCCAUAAACUGGGUGUGCUUUUAUUAGAAACUAUUGUGUAUGAAUUUCUGUUUUAAGUUUGUCUUUUAAUUCUCAAUGCCAUUUUUGUUUUGUAUUUUUUUUUCUGUUUUUGUUUGGCCCAUCUGUUUCUAACGAAAGAAGAAAUCUAUAAAUGUCGGUGAGAACAGCCAGCAGUUUGUCACCGUUGAUAAUCCCACCCUAACGUCACUGUGACAACUUUUGCAUGAAGUGCAGCCUUUGACGUUUCUGCUGUACUCUGUUGAAGAAUGAAGGGAGAACCUUUCUGAAUUUGACGUGUUUUCAGUUCAUAAUCGCAUUUAUACCCAAAGCCUGAUCUGAUGGCGAUCCUCAAAAGUAAAAGCAGGUGACAGGGAAAAAGAAAAUGUCUUAAAGAGGCCUCUGUGUGUAUGUAACUUUUCAAAAAUGUUUACUUUUUCUUCUUCUAUUGUCCAUUAACGUUUGCCACUUUUUUGUAUUUUGUAAUUAAUGAAAAUGUAGGAAAAAAAAUAGCAAGCCCUUCUAUUAAUGCUGAAUGUGAUGGAAAUGCUGUCCACUUGGUCAUGUGUCACAUUUUUGUUUUUCUGUUUGUCAGAGUGUUGUGCAUUACACUGUAAAAUCUUAUGUAGCAGAUUAUUAUUAUUUUUUUUUGUUUGUUUUUUUAACUAGCCUCCUUUUUUCUGUCUGGGGGUUGUUCUCCUUUUUCCUCAUUUUAAGACUCACGUAGUGUGUAUUAAAUAGCUCUUUGUUCAUGUUUGUUCCAUUCCAUGGAAAUUACAGGUAUGUUGUACAUACUGCCAGUUGUCUUGCAAGGUAAGGCUUACCUUUACUAUGAGACUAUAAAUAAAACUAUUUUAUCCUUUA